UCCCGGCAACAUGGCAACCCCGGCGGCGGUCAACCCUCCGGAAAUGGCUUCCGACAUCCCUGGAUCGGUGACCUUGCCCGUGGCCCCCAUGGCGGCCACCGGACAGGUGAGGAUGACCGGGGCCAUGCCGGCCCGGGGAGGAAAGCGGCGUUCUGGGAUGGACUUUGAUGAGGAGGAUGGAGAGGGGCCCAGCAAAUUUUCAAGAGAGAACCACAGCGAGAUCGAGAGGCGGCGGCGGAACAAGAUGACACAGUACAUCACGGAGCUGUCGGACAUGGUGCCCACGUGCAGCGCGCUGGCCCGCAAGCCGGACAAGCUCACCAUCCUCCGCAUGGCCGUGUCGCACAUGAAGUCCAUGAGGGGCACCGGGAACAAAUCCACGGACGGCGCCUACAAGCCUUCCUUCCUGACGGAGCAGGAACUGAAGCACCUCAUCCUCGAAGCUGCCGAUGGAUUUCUGUUUGUAGUCGCGGCAGAGACGGGACGAGUGAUUUACGUGUCUGACUCCGUCACCCCCGUUCUGAACCAGCCCCAGUCGGAGUGGUUUGGAAGCACCUUGUAUGAACAGGUGCAUCCCGACGACGUGGAGAAGCUGAGGGAGCAGCUGUGCACCUCAGAGAACUCAAUGACAGGCCGGAUCCUGGACCUGAAGACGGGGACAGUCAAGAAAGAAGGGCAGCAGUCUUCCAUGAGGAUGUGCAUGGGCUCGCGGAGGUCCUUCAUCUGCAGGAUGAGGUGUGGAAACGCUCCUUUGGAUCACCUCCCUCUAAACAGAAUAACCACCAUGAGGAAAAGGUUCAGGAACGGCCUUGGUCCCGUGAAAGAAGGGGAGGCCCAGUAUGCUGUGGUCCACUGCACGGGGUACAUCAAGGCGUGGCCCCCAGCAGGAAUGACCAUCCCCGAGGAGGACGCUGAGGUGGGGCAGGGCAGCAAGUACUGCCUCGUGGCCAUCGGAAGACUGCAGGUGACCAGCUCUCCCGUGUGUAUGGACAUGAGCGGGAUGUCGGUGCCCACGGAGUUCUUAUCCCGGCAUAACUCUGAUGGGAUCAUCACGUUCGUGGACCCGAGAUGCAUCAGCGUGAUCGGCUACCAGCCCCAGGAUCUUCUAGGAAAGGACAUUCUGGAAUUCUGCCACUCCGAGGAUCAGAGCCACCUGCGUGAGAGCUUUCAGCAGGUGGUAAAGCUGAAGGGCCAGGUGCUGUCGGUCAUGUACCGGCUGCGCACCAAGAACCGCGAGUGGAUGCUGAUCCGCACCAGCAGCUUCACAUUCCAGAACCCCUACUCGGACGAGAUUGAGUACGUCAUCUGCACCAACACCAACGUCAAGCAGCUCCAGCAGCAGCAGGCCGAGCUGGAAGUGCACCAGCGGGAUGGGCUGUCCUCCUACGACUUAUCACAGGUUCCCGUCCCCAACCUGCCGGCUGGUGUUCACGAAGCUGGGAAGUCCGUGGAAAAGGCAGACACCAUUUUCUCCCAGGAAAGGGACCCCCGGUUCGCCGAGAUGUUUGCGGGGAUCAGCGCAUCGGAGAAGAAGAUGAUGAGCUCAGCGUCUGCGGCAGGAACGCAGCAGAUCUACUCCCAGGGAAGCCCGUUCCCCCCGGGACACUCUGGGAAGGCCUUCAGCUCUUCAGUGGUCCACGUGCCCGGCGUGAAUGAUAUCCAGUCGUCCUCGUCAACGGGCCAGAACAUGUCCCAAAUCUCCCGGCAACUGAACCAGAGUCAGGUGGCCUGGACAGGGAGCCGGCCGCCCUUUCCCGGACAGCCAAUCCCCUCCCAGUCUGGCAAGACUCAGUCAUCUCCCUUUGGGAUUGGAACGAGCCACACCUACCCAGCAGACCCCUCUUCCUACAGCCCUCUCUCCAGCCCAGCUACCUCGUCGCCCAGCGGGAACGCCUACUCCGGUCUCGCCAACAGGACUCCAGGGUUCGCUGAAAGUGGCCAGAGUAGCGGGCAGUUCCCAGGGCGGCCGUCGGAAGUCUGGUCACAGUGGCAAAGCCAGCACCACGGCCCGCAGAGCGGUGAGCAGCACUCCCACCAGCAGUCCGGUCAGGCCGAAGUGUUCCAGGACAUGCUGCCCAUGCCCGGAGAUCCGACCCAGGGGACCGGCAACUAUAACAUCGAAGACUUCGCGGACCUGGGCAUGUUCCCGCCGUUUUCUGAGUAGCGGCAGGCAGAUUGCGGCCGGCGCUGGGCAGCGCCCCCCACGCGGGCGGGGCCCCCCCACACCCUGCUUGCCCCGCCCGCCCAGCCGCGGGACCCCCCCGGCAGAAGGCCUCUCAC